GAAAACAGAAUGACAUAGAAGCUAACGAUCAAUGCAUGGAGGACAAGCAAGAAACAAACAAGUUAAUGUGGUCUUUAACUCUAUUAAUUAAUUUGUUCAUUCGCCUAAAGUAGUAUAUAUAUAUAAAGGGUGUGUAUCCUUUUAAUACACAAAAAUUGUAAGAAAUAUAGAGAGAGGAAAAGUAGUGUUGUCUGGGAAGUGAAAAUGGUGACAAGAUCUGCGGCCAGUUCAGUUAUGCUUGGGCUGAGGAUACUUACUCUUGCGGCCUCAGUAGCAACUGUGAUUGUAAUUGCCACUAACAAUGUCAAAUUUUUUGAUGGCUCUAAGUUGAAGUUCCAAGAUAUCCAUUCAUUCAGAUAUGUGCUGGCGGUUGCAGUAAUUGCUGCAGUAUAUUGUAUAGUGCAACUACCAUUUGCCAUACACUAUGCUGUAAAGCAGAAGAGAGCCAUCUCCGGUGAACUAUUGAAAGAGUUUGACUUCUUCGCAGACAAGGUUAUUAGUGUGGUUGUGGCAACAGGGGUUGCCGUUGGUUUCGCAGUGUCAAUAGAGUUCAAAGAUUUCUUCGACGACAUAUUCGACGCUGCGGGUGUUCCAAAGAAAGACCCAACGAGAACCACAAACGACAAGUUCUACAAUCGUGCCAUUAUCGCUUCUUCCGUUCUCUCUGUUGCAUUCGUCUCCAUGUUUGUCGUUUCGGUCCUUUCUUCCAUUCUUCGAUCCAAUGCCAAAUAACAUGUCCUGAUUUGUCGUUAUCAUCAAUUCAAGUGUCUUACAUACUCUUAUUAAAUCAAUUAAUUAGAAUUACAAUGCAAUUAGUAGAUAUCCUUUACAAAUUGUCUAUCAUUUAACUUUUAGAAA